CAAAGCCUUGCAACCUCACAGUGGAGAGAGACUUUGAAAGGGAAUAUGGAAAGCUUCAGCAAUUGGAAGAUCAGACCAAAAAACUUCAGAAGGAUAUGAAGAAAAGCACAGAUGCAGACUUGGCCAUGUCCAAGUCGGCUGUCAAAAUCUCUUCGGACCUGCUGUCUAACCCCCUGUGUGAACAGGAGCCCAGCUUUCUGCAGAUGGUCACGGCCUUCGACACAGCGAUGAAGAGGAUGGACUCUUUCAACCAGGAGAAGGUGAAUCAGAUCCAAAAGACAGUCAUAGAGCCUUUGAAAAAGUUCAGCAGCGUGUUCCCCAGCCUGAACAUGGCAGUGAAGAGACGGGAGCAGACGCUGCAGGACUACAAGCGCCUGCAGUCCAAGGUGGAGAAAUACGAGGAGAAGGAGAGGACCGGCCCCGUCCUCGCCAAGCUGCACCAGGCCCGUGAAGAGCUGAGGCCGGUGAAGGAGGACUUUGAAGCCAAAAACAAGCAGCUCCUGGAGGAAAUGCCCAAGUUUUACAGCAGCCGCAUCGAUUACUUCAAACCCAGCUUUGAGUCGCUGGUCCGGGCGCAGGUCAUCUACUACACGGAGAUGCACAAGAUCUUCGGGGACCUGACGGCGCAGAUCGACCGGCCUGGCUUGAGCGAUGAGCAGCGGGAGCGGGAGAACGAUGCCAAGCUGAGCGAGCUGCGGGCUUUGUCCAUCGUGGCCGAUGACUGAGCAGAUGCUGGUGAUGGGGAAGGGGCUGGGGAUCCCCCCCUGCCCCGGCUCCCACAGCCGGGCCGCUCCCCACCUCCUCCCUCCCAGGGAUAGACUCGGGGGGCUUUAACCGCUGGCUGCUCCCUUUGCCCCCAUGGCUCUGCCCUCCUGCCAGGAGAAGGUAUUGCUUGGGGCCGGGGUGGGGGGCACAGCAGGGCUCCCCCUCCAGCCCGCCAUUUUCCAAAGGCAGUAUCUGGAUUGUCUCUGCCCCCCCUGCAGCCAGGCUUUGCCUUAAACAGGGGUUUGCAGCGGAAUCGGGGAAGGGAGCCGUCCCGCUCAGCUGAAAAUGGGGAGCGGGCUGGGUGCUGCUGGCCAUUCCCAGCCCCAGCUCGGUGCCGCACCAUCCCAUGGCUGUGUUGGCCCGGCACACCUCGGCACUCCCCACACCCAGCCCAGGCCCAGAUCCGGCUCAGGCUCCUCGCCUUUCUGGCAGGAGGACGGGGCCACUCCUGCAGCUGCUGCUGGGCCAUUCAUUUGGUGCCUUAGGAGCCCAGUAGCCCCCCCCGGGGGAGGGUAAUAGCAUUCAAAUUCCAUUUUUUGAGGCAUCAGGAGAUGGUGAUGAAAGGGCUGCGCCUCCCGUGCCGAGCAUCAAGCGAUGCCGCGCUCUGAAUCCGCCCUGUUUUAAGCAGGAACGCUGCAAAGCGCCUCAGCCCCACACCUGGGGUGCACAUCUGCACAGCAACGGGUGCGUGGGUGUCCACGCAGGGGUAUGGAGGAGCCCAGGGCAGAGG